CAGCCCAGAGCUGCUCCCCGACGGUGCAGCGCAGCACAGCGCAGCGCAGCGCUCCGGCGCGACUGCCUCGCUGCCCCACCGUUGCGGGUCUCCUCCCUCGGGGAGGGCACGGGUUUGAUUAUUAACCCGGAGGCUGCAUAAAGAGUGAGCGGCCUGCGCGGACGGGACGGACUCAGCGCCAUCGCCAUGGACAGUACCACCUGGAGCCCACAGGCCACCACCUCUUCCGAACCUGUGCAGUCCUACGAGCGCAUCCGCAAUGCCGCAGACAUCUCCGUCAUUGUCAUUUACUUUGUGGUGGUGAUGGCCGUUGGGCUGUGGGCUAUGCUUUCCACUAAUCGUGGGACUGUUGGAGGCUUCUUCUUGGCAGGCCGAAGUAUGGUAUGGUGGCCGAUUGGAGCCUCGCUCUUCGCCAGUAACAUUGGAAGCGGUCAUUUUGUGGGGCUAGCGGGGACAGGAGCAGCUGCAGGCAUUGCAAUUGGAGGCUUUGAAUUCAACGCGCUGGUUAUCGUGGUUGUGCUGGGUUGGGUGUUUGUCCCUAUUUACAUUAGGGCUGGGGUGGUGACAAUGCCAGAAUAUCUGCGGAAGAGGUUUGGAGGCCAGAGGAUCCAAGUCUACCUUUCCGUUUUGUCCUUGUUGCUCUACAUUUUUACCAAGAUCUCAGCGGACAUCUUCUCUGGAGCCAUAUUCAUCAAUCUGGCCCUGGGCCUGGAUAUAUACUUGGCCAUCUUUGUUUUACUGGCAAUCACUGCCCUUUACACAAUCACAGGGGGCCUGGCAGCUGUGAUAUACACGGACACCUUGCAGACGGCCAUCAUGCUGGUGGGGUCUCUUAUCCUGACUGGCUUUGCUUUCCAUGAAGUGGGAGGGUACGAAGCCUUCAUGGAUAAGUACAUGAAAGCGAUUCCAACCAUAAUUUCUGAUGGAAAUAUCACCAUCAAGGAAGAAUGCUACACCCCAAGGGCCGACUCUUUCCACAUCUUCCGAGAUCCCAUCACAGGAGACGUCCCGUGGCCUGGGCUUAUCUUUGGGAUGAGCAUCCUUGCCCUGUGGUACUGGUGCACAGAUCAGGUCAUUGUACAGCGCUGCCUCUCAGCCAAGAACAUGUCUCACAUCAAGGCCGGCUGUAUUUUGUGUGGAUAUCUGAAGCUGCUGCCCAUGUUCCUCAUGGUGAUGACAGGAAUGAUCAGCCGUAUCCUGUACACAGAAAAAAUUGCCUGUGUGGUCCCCUCGGAAUGUCAGAGAUACUGUGGCACCUCGGUUGGCUGUACCAACAUCGCCUACCCAACCUUGGUGGUGGAACUCAUGCCUAAUGCUGUUUAUCCUCGUGCUGAUUGCCAUCAGCAUUGCCUGGGUGCCCAUCGUGCAGUCAGCGCAAAGUGGGCAGCUGUUUGAUUACAUCCAGUCCAUCACCAGUUACUUGGGACCCCCCAUUGCAGCUGUCUUCCUGCUUGGGAUUUUCUGCAAGAGAGUCAAUGAGCAGGGAGCCUUUUGGGGACUGAUCCUAGGAUUUCUGAUUGGGGUUGCCCGUAUGGCUACUGAGUUUAUCUAUGGAACUGGGAGUUGCAUGGAGCCCAGUAACUGUCCCACAAUUAUCUGUGGGGUACACUACUUAUACUUUGCCAUCAUCCUCUUUGUUAUUUCCAUCAUCACCAUCCUGGUCGUCUCCUUCUUCACCAAGCCCAUUCCAGAUGUGCAUCUCUAUCGUCUGUGUUGGACCCUGCGCAACAGCAAAGAGGAGCGUAUUGACUUGGAUGCAGUAGAGGAGGACAUCCAAGAAGCUCCAAAGGAAACUAUUGAAAUUGACACAGAAGUUCCUGAGGAGAAAAAAGGAUGCUUCAGGCGUGCCUAUGACCUAUUUUGUGGUCUGGAACAGAAGGGACCCAAGAUGACCAAAGAGGAGGAAAAGGCCAUGAAGAUGAAGCUGACAGAUACCUCUGAGAAGCCUUUGUGGAGGACAGUAGUGAACAUCAAUGGCAUCAUCCUGCUGGCCGUGGCUGUUUUCUGCCAUGCAUACUUUGCAUAAGUUCCGCCUUCUGCUGUAGACUUUCCAGACUAGCACCUUUACUCCACCAUUCUAUGGUGCAGAAGGGAAUUUUGUCUAUUGUAAACUUUGCCCAGUGAGAUAAAUGGGUACAUGUGUAAUUAUAGGCAAGCUGGAAAAACAUCACUGUUUUGCUGUUAACUGAUAUAUUUGAAGCCAUUGUAAUACAGUCAUCUGUACAUAGUAAAGUUGCAGAAGGAAAGUUUAGUUAUAUCCAGGAAAAGUCGAACUAAGAACAGAAGCCCUGUGAUAUCUGAUGUAAGUCCAGUGUAUGUGCCAACCUUAUUUAUAAUCCUUAAAUAUUAUUUUUAGAGUUCUGGUCUCCCAAGUUCCUUCCUUUCUGACCUUCUUAUCAUUAAAGAAAAAAAAUGAAAUCCCUUCCUUGACAUCAUAUCCCUCUCAGAUUUUUCUCAGUGUAAGAAAAAUAAUCUAAUAGAUUUACAAAUGCAUGAAAACUGAGGAUGGGAGCUUAAUGGGGUCUCUGCCCUGGGCAUUUGUUCUUUAAGGUGGAGGCCUCAGAAAUGUAAAACUUACCAAAUAGGGAGGGACCCAGGCCUCAGUCUCAGGCUAGUGGAGCAGCAGAUAAUCUUGAGUCCAGGGAGUUUUCUGUUCUUAAAAAUGUCCAUUGUGUGGUCCCUGUAUUUGGGAUCCACUUAUUUUUGCAUUCAUUGUACCUGGAAUGUCUUAGCCACUCAAUGAUGUUUUUUGACUAAAUAAAUGAUUUGGACAUUUGUUUAUAGACA